GGCCGGGGCCGGGACAAGGGCCGGCCGCAGCGCCUGGCUCUGUGGCUCUGAACGAGGUUCUGGCCGCAAAAGUCCUCCAGCCCACGCUCCUCCCUUCCCCCUCCCUAAAUCCCACCUCGAGUCCCGCGCCCUUAGAGGAAAUGGGUGGCUCCGCCCGGUCGCCAGCAGGGAAUCGGCCCCUUCUCCCCACCGUGCCCCCGACUCGAAUUCUUCUGGGCACUGGUAUCCUCUCGGUGCGUGCCCGUCUUCUUCCUGAAACGGACCCCAGUGGCUCCCGGCCCGCCCGGGCGCUCUUCCUUAGCCCCGCCAGCUUGAGGGAGGCGUCCGGGGAGAGGGGGCUCCUCUCGGGGCGCCGAUCAGGUCCCUGCGCCGCCGCCGCCUCCGGCGUCUCCCAGGCUCUGCCUCUGCCUAGCCCGCUGCGGUCCACGUGGCUUGGCAGAGCUAAAUUCGGCUUGCAGGAAGCCGGGAGCUAAGGGAAAGCCGAGCCGGGCGGGGGUGGGCGGGGCCGACCGGAGGCGCAGGGUCGGGAGGGGCGGGCACUGGGCGGAGGAACGGGAGGGCCGCGCGCAGGGGAGGCGCUGGCUGGGCUCUGGAGCGCCCUGGCUCCCGGCCCCGGCCGGCCUGGGAAGGCGGCCCCUCUUUGGUCGCCCCGCCUUUCACUCCCGUUACACCCGGGGGAAGGUGUUCCUGAGCCCUCUCCCACCCUCACCCCGCCUCCUCGCUUCCCCGGCUCCAGCCUCCGCCGGCGGAACCCACUAUGCCAGACAGUUUCGACACUUUGCAAAGACAAAGAGCCCUAGACCGGAGGGAGGAGGAGGAGGAAGAAGAGGAGCGGAGAGAGAAGGAAGAGACGAUGUGAGCUGGGAAGGGGGCGAGUGUCUGGGACACCCACACCCCUUUAUUCUCCUCCGAACCCCCUCAUGCCCAAAUCCCGGAAACUCCAGCGUGUCUCCAGCCGUGCCGGUACCGUUUUCAGAUUUCAUCUUCCUGAACUGGAAAUGCGAAUGAGAGGAAAUUAACAUCCCCAAGAGCUGCAGUGAGCAAAUGCAUUGAGCUUGGGUCAGGACAAUUCCAUUUGGGGACCAGAGAUGGACGGUCACUCAGCCUGUGGAGGCAGCCCCAGCAAGCACUGCAGGAAUUCAGGGAGCAAAGAGGGGAGUCAAGGAACCCUAUCCUAUGGUUUCCUCUACUGAUGAAGAAACUGAGGCUCAGAGAAGUUAAGAGACUCCACUGAGGUCACACAGCCGAUCUCCCUCUGGACUGUUGGCUGUUUUGUUUCCCUCCAUUCAUUUCCAAGCCUCCACUGAGCAUUGAGUGUGUGCACGGGUGACAGGGUCACUGCCAUAGUGAGGCUGAGUUUCCAUCCUCACGUUGCUGCCCGUCCAGGGAGGAGACGUAUGUGUGAAGAGUGCAGACAGAGUGCAGCCAGGACCUUGGGGAGCCAGGAGAGGCCCCUAACUCACUCCAGGAGUGGGCAGGGCUUCCUCCAGGAGUCAGCACCAGCUGAGCCCUAGAGAAUAAAAGCUGGACUGGAUGAAUUAAGGCAUAUGCCCAUCCCUGGAUCAAUUACUGGGAUGACAGACAACCUUCUGUGCCUUCAUCAAGCUGGUUGCGAACCCACCGUGUCUCUGGCGACAGCAUGAGAAAGAAAAGGCCCUAAUUAAGGAUCAUCAGAAAAUACAGUUGGAGGAGGACACGCAGAGACAGCAUCCCUCCCCGCUGUACAAAGACCCUUCCUUCGAGGUCCUUGCUCCUGAGGGACCCUGGACUGUCGCAGCCAUUAAUGACCCCUUAUCUUGUUUGGAUGGGAAAGGAAAUCAUUGGUUAAAGCUUGAUCAGGAGACAUUGUCGCAGAAAAAUAGGCUACUUUAUUUUCUGAAAAGGAGGGAGUUCUGCUACCCAUCGUGGGAGGCCGCCAUCAGGACUGCGAAGAUGGUGACCCUGCGGAAGAGGACCCUGAAGGUGCUCACCUUCCUCGUGCUCUUCAUCUUCCUCACCUCCUUCUUCCUGAACUACUCCCACACCAUGGUGGCCACCACCUGGUUCCCCAAGCAGAUGGUCCUGGAGCUCUCCGAGAACCUGAAGAGGCUGAUCAAGCACAGGCCCUGCACCUGCACCCACUGCAUCGGGCAGCACAAGCUCUCGGUCUGGUUCGAUGAGAGGUUCAACCAGACUGUGCAGCCGCUGCUGACCGCCCAGAAUGCGCUCUUGGAGGACGACACCUACCGAUGGUGGCUGAGGCUCCAGCGGGAGAAGAAGCCCAAUAACUUGAACGACACCAUCAAGGAGCUGUUCAGAGUGGUGCCUGGGAACGUGGACCCCAUGCUGGAGAAGAGGUCGGUGGGCUGCCGGCGCUGUGCCGUUGUGGGCAACUCAGGCAACCUGAGGGAGUCUUCUUAUGGGCCUGAGAUAGACAGGCACGACUUUGUGCUCAGGAUGAACAAGGCGCCCACGGCAGGGUUUGAGGCUGAUGUUGGGACGAAGACCACCCACCAUCUGGUGUACCCUGAGAGCUUCCGGGAGCUGGGAGACAAUGUCAGCAUGAUCCUGGUGCCCUUUAAGACCAUCGACUUGGAGUGGGUGGUGAGCGCCACCACCACAGGCACCAUUUCCCACACCUACGUCCCGGUUCCUGCCAAGAUCAGAGUGAAACAGGAUAAGAUCCUGAUCUACCACCCGGCCUUCAUCAAGUAUGUCUUUGACAGCUGGCUGCAAGGGCACGGGCGGUACCCAUCUACUGGCAUCCUCUCGGUCAUCUUCUCAAUGCACGUCUGCGAUGAGGUGGACCUGUAUGGCUUCGGGGCAGACAGCAAAGGGAACUGGCACCACUACUGGGAAAACAACCCGUCCGCCGGGGCUUUUCGCAAGACGGGGGUGCAUGACGCAGACUUCGAGUCUAACGUGACGGCCACCUUGGCCUCCAUCAAUAAAAUCCGCAUCUUCAAGGGGAGAUGACGCAGUGAAGGGUUGAGGAUGGACGCGCUGUCACACCUCUGCGUUUCCAGCCCCAGCAUCUUGCCGGAGCCGUUCCAUCCCGGAGCUUGGAGGGGCAGCCCCAGGUGUGUGCCCAGGCACCGCUCACAGCCUCUUGCACCCAGCCAUUGGCAGCAUCUAUUCAGCAAGGUCACUAAGUUCUGCCAGCGUGGCAGGGCAUGUCUCGGAACCUGUCUUGAGUGGGGACAACGUCCCCCCACCGCUGCCCCAGAGCUGGGGAGGCGCUGGGAAAGGUUCACCCUCCACACACUAAAAUCAUUUUAGCUCCUGGAGCGAGCUUGGGGAACAAAUGUGGAAGACGCCUAUAUUCUGAGACAGGACAGUUUCCCAGGAAGAUGGGCAGAGACCUGAGUGGCGAUUAUGUCUAGCACACAGACAUGCCAGGCGGUGUUGGCACUCGGGGCAAGAUGCCGCCGUUCUUUGCACGAAGCCUGGCCUCUCGCUUGGCGUGAUAACCCUGUCAUCUUCUUCCCAAAACUCAUUUAUGAGCCACCAGAGGCUCCUACCCCAAAGAUUUUCACAGAAACUGGAGGCCGGGUGCCGUGGCUCACACCUGUAAUCUCAACACUUUGGGAGGCCGAGGCGGGAGGAUCACUUGAGCCCAGGAGUUCAAGACCAGUCUGAGCAACAUAGUGAGACUCCUGUCUCUACAAAAAUUAAAGAUUUAAAAAAAUUAGCCAGGCAUGGUGGCACACACUUGUAGCCCCAGCUACUAGGGAGGCUGAGGAGGGAGGAUCUCUUGUGCCCAGAAGUUUGAGGCUGCAGUGAACUGUGAUCACACCACUGCACUCCAGCCUGGGCAACAGAGUGAGACCCUGUCUCUGAAAAAAAAAAAAAAAAAGGAAAAGAAAAAAAAAAACCAAACUUGGCGCCGUGUUUCUGCCUCCUGCAGAUACCUCUUCCCAAGCAGAUGUUCCUUUGAGUAGUCCAUCUCGUGGUUCUAAUCGUGGCGAGAGCGGAUCUGACCACUUCCAUGUGCCUUUGUAUUUGGGAAAGAAAAGCAUGCACGGGCUGAAAUGAAACAAAAGCCCUUACUUGGGAAAAGGGACCCCCACCAGCGGCCCUGCUUGCUUUCUGGCUGGGAACAUCUUUUCUGGUUUCCUGAGCCAGCACCUGAAUUGGAACAAAGCUCUGAGGAUAUUCAACAGCACCCAGCAGCGCGUCAGAAUGGAACGUACAUUCUCAUUCUCAAGACUCUUCAAUAGGGUGCCCGCAACCUCCAAAGCCACACAGGAGGCUGCCAGCAGCAUUUUCCCCGAGGGCCUGAGCUCAGGGGCAAGUCCCUGCUGGCCAUCUUGGGGCUGUCACUGGGGGUCUGGGCCAAGGAUAUCCCAGGAAUGGUGACUGCCACAUACCUCAUCUUACUCCCCAGCUAUUCUCCUUUCCUUGUUAGCCUUCCUGAUUAUUUAUUGAUUCUUUUUUUUAAUUCAACUGACAUUGUUGCACCCUGGCUCUUUUGGUGGUCCUGGCGUUUUAAUGAAGCUUGCCUCACCCAGUAGCUGGGAAACGGGGGUGGGCUUAAGGGGGGUUUGUAGGAGUCCUCAGACGUGGGAUAUUGUGGGUAUCUAGGGCUUGGAUGGUUUGUGGAAUGUCCUCAGCAUCCUCCCAUUCCAACCCAACCUUCCUUCUUCCUCAUUGUGGACUUGGAUUUCUUCUCAGGCUAGGAGUCUCUAAAACUCUGUGAAACCUUACUGCUGCUGGGUGGGGAGUGGAGAGUAACAGAAAUGUGGGAAACAGUGAUUGUUGGCUCCAGUUACUAAUGUUUAAGCAGGAAAACCACUUUUCUUGUUGAAAAUAUCCCUGAAAAGGCCGCUGCUGCUUUGAGGAGGCGUGACUUUUUCCUGGUGGAAUGUGACGGAGGCAUGGGCCUGUGCUCCCAGUCUCAGGGGAGCCGCCUGUGCACACGGGGAGGGAGGAGCCUGGGGACACCAGUCAUGGGUCACAGGUAGCUUCAGGCCAUUCACAAGAGCCCCCAGAAGUUGCAUGCCAAGUUUGGUUUUUUCCCUGAAUCUCUACUUAAGAGCAUUUUUCUGGAGAGAGGGUCUAUAGCUUUUAUCAGAUUCUCAAAGGUUCAGAAUGGGGAAUGUGUUCAACAGAAAACCUGUUUCAGCUUUAAAAUCCUCCAAAACUUUUAAGAUUUUUUUUUUUUUCUGAGAAAGGCUGGUAAAUCGCUGAGUCGUCAUUCAGAACAUACAGCCUCGAAGGGCAGAGUUCACAGCCAUAUAUGAGGUGAAGAACUCAGCAAACGUUUGUUGAGUGACUGAGUGACUGCAGGGGCAGACUCCAGAUCAUCAGACACUGAAACAGAGAGUGAUGCUAUCUCCUGAACUCUUCCCUUUCUCCUAAAAGCUGAGUCUAUACAGGGAUGGCAGGCUCGGGCUGAGCAAUCGACUUCUCUGGGUCUUGCCGUAUAAGAAUAGGUCCCUGGAUAUGAAGAGGCGUCUGUGUCUGAGCCACAUGCUGCCUGGGUCGAUGGCCUGGUCUCCGUCUGGUCUCCCCGUCUCCCACUAGGAUGGUCAAGCUGUGAGAUCUCUUCCAGCCUCCAAAUCCAGCUCUCCCGUUAUACUGAUGAGAAAAUCAAGGCCACAUUGCAGCUGGCUGGGGAGUGGAGAGUGAUUGGUGACUCUAGUUACUGAUGUUUAAUCAGAAAAACCACUUUUCCUGUUGAGCACAUUUGCUAAAAGGCUGCUGCAUAGGGAGGUGUGGCCUUUUCCUGGUGGAGUGUGAAGGAGGGAAGUGACGGGCAGCGUGCACUGUCUGGGACAGAUAGCAGAAGUCAGAGUUUGAGCAGAAGUAGGGUGUUACCGGCACUAUGCUGAAAUUGUCUGGAGGCGGGCUUCCCAGCAAGUCUCCAUUCAGCAUCUGGAAAGAGUGUAACCAGAGCGGAGGCUCUGACUCUCCUGGGCUCUCUCAGCACCGAGCUCUGUCCGCAGGCCGCCUCGGUGUCCUCUCAUGCCCUCCCGUGCAGGAGACCACAUUUCUCUUUCCCAUAGCCCAGCAGAUAGCUCUUACGUUUCAUUGGCUUAGCAAUGGGCACUUCAUGGAAUAAAAACCAGUUGUUCCAGCCAGAAUUAAAUGCACCAGUUUGGCUCAAACCAACUGGAACUCAUCCCUGGGGUGAAGGUGGCUGGGAAUUAGACAAGAGUAUGUGUUAGCCAGAGGGCAGUAUGCAUGCUGUCAGUAGGAGUACGACGAGCACUCGUGCCGGGCAGGCAGUGGCAGGGGCUCCCGCAGGCCACUGAGUCCCAGCCCACAACUCUUUCUACUCUGCAGACAGAGAGAGUUCCUUGGAGACUGGCCCUGCAUUCACGCAGGGAACAGAGGGGUCCCUGCCUGCAGCACCCAGCGCUGAACCUGAAGCUGCAAAGAUAGGCUGAUGAAGUGGCCCAUGAGGUGUCAGCAACAUUCCAGCCCCCUGGGUCUCCCCAGUGAGUCAGGGCACUGAUUUGCUCUAGCUGGAGCUACGUGCACCUCCCCUCCCCUCAGCCACCUUUUAGGGGAGAAAGGAGGGCAGAUUUAUAACCUCUGGUUCUCUGCAAGGAUCCUGGGCUGGAAGAAAGUUCAUAAAUGGAUGAAUGCCUUUUAAAACUCUGGCUUUUCCAAACAUCAUUCAGCAAAGCAUUUGGUUAGGCUUAGAGAGAAAAGCUAGAUAUGAGAAAAUAGAACAUAAAAUAGGGGGAAAAAACAGAAGGUGGAGAGGGCAGUUAAGAUCUGGGUGAUUCUUUAGGGAAAGGGCUGGUUGGGAGGCUUUGAUGGAAUCUCAUUCUCUGCCGUGGCCAGAAGGUGGUGCUAGAGGCCAGUCCCACCUGGAUGUGACUGGCCUCUUGGCAAAGGUGGAUUAAAACCACAAAGAACAUUUAGAACGGGUAUGUUUGCUUUAGUCUGAAAAUAAAUAAAAAGGAAACCAAAAGAACUCUCUCUCCCUCCCCUGGCUAGGAUCAAAAAGGCCGUGUGCAGGGAAGCCCAAGCCUCAAGGGGCCACUGUCCAGCUAAAGAUGCCUGCACACCAGCCAUGCGCCAUCAGGAGCCAGCACCUGUCCUCGCCCCUGAGAAGAGCCCCGGGGGUAUCAUUAUAUCCAUUGUGGACAUCUGGUUUGCAGCAAAUGUGGCCACAUGCCAUCAGGAUUAUCCUGCCCUGUGAACUGGGCUAGCCAGUUUGGAGAUAGAGUCAGCCUCCCCAUUUUUGUUUGUCAUGAAAACACCAGCUCCUGCACCUCUGGGGUGCUCCCUGACACCUGUGCAAAGAAAAGGAGGAAGACUUAGAAGAAAAGGCAGAGACAGGCAAGGCAGCAUCUCACAGCUUGUCAGGAUCAGGGCAUUACUGACUUUUUUUUUCUUACCAAAAGAGCACUGAAUUUCCUAUGGGCGGUGAGCCACCUUUACACCUCCUGUUCUCCCUCCCAGCCCAUCAGGCGAUCCCAUCAUCCAGCCUCAUCACUCAGCUUCUUCCUAGUGGAAAACUGCCAUUGGUCGCACGUCCUGAGCUGGGGGACGUCAGCUUUAACCCUAGCCUGUGUCAGGGCCUCCCCCUUCAGCCCCCGCCCCUUAGGGUGAUCGCGGGUUCCUUCCCUUCCUCCUGCACAAUCGCUUCCCUUCACUGAAUUCCCUUCAAAGCCAAAGUUUCUUGAGCACUUUUUCCUGUGUGCAGUCUUGUGUGUUUGGCUGUUGGUGUUUUAAAAUUUGCUUUCUAUUCCCCCUCGCCUCUCUCCACGUUGUUGCGCAGCUGAGCACUGGUUGGGAUGCAUUCAAAUAACGUUAGCAAGAUCCUGCUUUCCUCAGCCCCCGCUCUGUUUUAUUUAUUGUUUAAUAUUUCCAAUGAUCCAAAUCAAAGUGAAUAAACAAAGAGCUAUUUUAUCGUU